GCAUGAAUCCAACAGUCUCGUGACUCCUCCUCUCUCUUGCCGUGGAGAAGGAAGCAAUGGCGGGAAGAGGGAAGUCUCUGGGUGCGGGCGGAUCGAAGAAGACGGUGUCCCGGAGCAGUAAGGCCGGCUUGCAAUUUCCGGUCGGCAGGAUCGCCCGGUUUCUCAAGGCCGGCAAGUACGCCGAGCGGGUUGGUGCUGGUGCCCCAGUAUACCUUGCCGCGGUGCUCGAGUAUCUGGCAGCUGAGGUUUUGGAGCUUGCUGGGAACGCUGCCCGUGACAACAAGAAGACAAGAAUUGUGCCUCGCCACAUUCAACUGGCCGUAAGGAACGACGAGGAGUUAAGCAAAUUGCUCGGCGCUGUGACGAUUGCGAACGGCGGUGUGAUGCCCAACAUUCACAAUGUUUUGCUUCCUAAGAAAAUCGGUACCUCUGCUUCCGACAAGAUUUCGAGAGGUGACGACAAUUGAGUAAAAGGAUAAGUGUCCUUUUUAAUCUGCAUCCACGACUUAUCUCUUAUCCGAUCCCCUUUGAUUUUAUUCCCCAACUUGGCUUACUUGUAAUUGCCACCUUCGGUAAAUCAAUAUGUAGAGGUUCUCAAAUUGGUAAGGAAUCUUAAGUCACUAUGCAUUUACCUGAA